GCGUCACUUCCGGGGUCAGGUGAUUACUUCCGUUUUCUAGUUCGUUCCUCCGCUGAAUUACGCUUGGUGGAAGUGCGGCUCAGAAAUGUCUGGCAGCACAGAUGUCAUGGCUAGUGGGGGAGGUGUAGAUUCCUCUGGCAUGGAUGAACCCAAAAAGAUGACUCGGGAAGACUGGAGAAAGAAGAAGGAGUUGGAAGAACAGAGAAAACUGGGAAAUGCCCCGGCUGAGGUGGAUGAAGAAGGAAAAGACAUCAAUCCUCACAUCCCUCAGUACAUUUCUUCUGUCCCAUGGUAUGUGGAUCCAUCUAAGAGACCAACUUUAAAGCAUCAGCGACCACAGGAUGAGAAGCAGAAAGAAUACACAUUGCUGGGAGACUGGUAUCGGAAAGGCGUAAAAGAGGGCACAAUAGCAACAAAAUAUCGCCAAGGAGCCUGUGAGAACUGUGGCGCUAUGACUCACCAGAAAAAAGACUGCUUUGAAAGACCUCGGAGAGUUGGAGCAAAGUUCAACGGAGCAAACAUUGCCCCAGAUGAGUUUGAGCAGCCCCAGCUUAUGCUUGACUACGAUGGCAAGAGAGAUCGAUGGAAUGGUUACAACCCAGAGGAGCACAUGAGAAUUGUCGAGGAGCAUUCCAAAGUGGACUUGGCAAAACGUACAUUGAAGGCUCAAAAGCUUCAGGAGGAACUGGCCUCAGGAAAACUUUCAGAACAAGUGGGCUCCCCAAGACACCAGUGGGGAGAAGAGGAUCAGAAUGCUCAGACAGAUCGCAACAGUGAGGAUGAGGAUGAAGACAAAUAUGCCGAUGACAUUGAUAUGCCAGGGCAGAACUUUGAUUCCAAGAGACGCAUUACAGUGAGAAACCUUCGCAUCCGAGAAGACACUGCCAAAUACUUACGAAACUUAAAUCCAAAUUCUGCAUACUACGACCCAAAAACAAGAGCCAUGAGGGAAAAUCCAUAUUCUGAUGCAGGCAGGAAUCCCGAGGAGGUCAGCUAUGCUGGAGAUAAUUUUGUCCGAUAUACUGGAGCUACAAUUUCAAUGGCGCAGACACAAUUGUUUGCCUGGGAAGCCUAUGAGAAGGGUUCAGAUGUACAUCUUCAGGCUGAUCCAACUAAGCUGGAAGUUUUAUGCAAAUCAUUCAAAGUUAAAAAAGAAAGCUUCAAGGACGAUCAGAAGAAGAGUAUCCUGGAAAGAUAUGGAGGAGAGCAGCAUUUGGAUGUCCCACCUGCGGAGCUGCUUCUGGCUCAAACAGAAGACUACGUGGAAUACUCCAGACACGGCACUGUUAUUAAGGGACAGGAGAAAGCAAUUGCCCGCUCUAAGUAUGAGGAAGAUGUUCUCAUAAGUAACCACACGUGUAUUUGGGGCUCAUAUUGGAAAGAUGGAAGAUGGGGCUACAAGUGUUGCCAUUCCUUUGUCAAGAUGUCUUACUGCACUGGGGAAGCUGGGAAAAGCGUCAGUAAUACUGAUCUUUGUGAAGAGGAGCUGUCAACAGUUGAAGCGCUUUCUAAUCCUAGGACAUUGGUGGAGAUUCAUCAAGACAAAAUGAAGAAAAAGAAGAAAAAGCACCGUAAAAGUGGUGGUUCUGAUAGUGAGGGUGAAGAGAAGAAAAAGCAGGAAAAACUUAAGAAGGCGCUGAACGCCGAGGAAGCUCGUCUUAAGCAUGUUGAAGAAAUGCUGCACAUGGAUGAGAGGAAGAGGGCGUAUAACAGCAUGUAUGAGACUCGGGAACCUUCAGAGGAAGAGAUGGAAGCGUACAGAAUGAAAAGACAGAGGGCUGAUGACCCAAUGGCCUCAUUCCUUGGACAGUGAUUCAUAUGUGGAACCUAUUUUGUAUAGCUUUUUAUGUGUUCUACAGAUCUGUAAAGAUAGACCUUUCUUCUGUUGCAGUGUCAUCUACGUUAUACUGUGUAUAAUGAUAAGCUAUUUUCCUAUUAAAUAUUUAAGCUUAAUGAUUGUGGAUUUAUUGGUAACUACAGAGAACAGGCACAAUUAGUCCAGACCAGGGCAUGGUCUUGUCACAUGAGCGCUAUAUGGUGCCAGUAAAGAAGACAGCAUGUAUAGAUGGCAUUUACGCCAAUACUUAUGCUGCAUUUUAUAUGUCCUACUAAAGAAAAAAGUUACUACUUAUAGAGGUUAAUUGCCUUUACUACUAUGUUUAUGGUCAUUGCAUUAAAGCUUAGUGAAAAGGGGUCUGAUUUUAUUUCCAAAAACUGUGCAAUAUCCACGGGAAGCGUGGUCCUAUUCACUUAAAGGAUUAUUCCAGUCUGAAUAAUUUCUGACAUAUCCCCUUGUAGAGGGAAGUGUAUGUAUAUAUGCAUUUUAAAUGGUGAAUCCUCCUGCAGGGGGGAGAUGCUGCCUGGCCUGGGUAACUGGGCAAAUGUGUCCAGUUGCGGGUACAUCAAAAGACAGAGGAUCAAAGAGAUGCUCUGCUCGGCAGGGCUGCAGAUGUUUGGCAUAACAAGGACAGGGGAACAAAGAACUCCCUUGCCCAUGUAUGCCACGUACCUCUGGCGCUGUAAUUACACUGCCAGAGGUAUGCGGCCACUUCAAAGGCAGAAGGAUCAAAGCAAUCCUCCACCUGAAAGUGCCGGUAUGUGCACUUCCCUGCAGGUGUACUCGCACGCCUGUAGCACGGGAUGCUUGGGAGCUUGCCCCGCCGGAUUUAAAACGUCAAGCGGUGGAGUGCUCGGCAGUUGAGCCAAGUAACCCCUGGAAGAUGAGCAUUAACCCACAGCAUCUGACUGAGUAACCCUUUCUCUACCCCCCCCCCCCCCCCC